CAACCACAAAACAGCAGGGCUCUGAUUUACGAUUUAAAUACCCAGUCGCCUCUUCCAUUUUCACCCCCACUCCCCCCAACUCAUCCUCUCAUCGAUCACUCCGCAAUCUCUCUGCGUGGCACAUUGUUCAUGCUCCAGGAACUACCCUCAUCUGUGAUUCUCUGUUCCAGAUCUCAGGUCAAUCCCUUUGACUAUAUCAUCAUUUGUCGAUUCGGAUUCUGAGUUCUUAAUUCGUUUCAUAAAAAAUCAGAUCUUGGUUUUGUGUAUUCUGUUGUAUUCCUAGCUGUGUUUUGAUUUCAGAGUGUUGAUUGGAAUUGCAUUUCUGCCAAGAUGAGUGAGGUUACAGAAGUCAAACCCUUGAUUUCACAAUCUUCCUCUAGAAAACUUCCCGAUUUCAAGAAAUCUGUGAAGCUUAAGUAUGUAAAACUGGGGUAUCACUAUCUUAUAACCCAUGGAAUGUACCUUUGCUUGUCUCCUCUUGUUGUUGUUCUUGCUGCUCAACUGUCAACUUUUUCGCUCCAAGAUGUUUAUGUUCUUUGGGACCAUCUUAGAUUCAAUCUCAUAUCGGUCGUUGUAUGUUCGACCCUUUUGGUCUUUUUGUCUACCCUUUAUUUCCUAACUCGUCCUAGCCCGGUUUACCUUGUCAACUUUUCGUGUUAUAAACCCGAAGAAGAGCGAAAAUGCACCAGGCAGAUCUUUAUGGAGAGAUCAACUGCAACUGGUUCAUUCACUGAGAAUAGUCUUGAGUUUCAGAGAAAGAUUCUUGAAAGGUCGGGUCUUGGUGAGUCAACUUACCUUCCGGAAGCUGUUCUUAGAGUACCUCCAAAUCCUUGCAUGGAAGAAGCAAGAAAAGAGGCUGAGCUUGUAAUGUUUGGUGCCAUUGAUGAACUCUUAGCAAAAACAUCUGUGAAACCAAAAGACAUAGGGAUUUUAAUCGUCAAUUGUAGUUUAUUCAAUCCAACCCCUUCAUUAGCUUCGAUGAUUGUCAACCAUUACAAACUUAGAGGCAACAUUCUUAGCUUCAAUCUUGGUGGAAUGGGUUGUAGUGCUGGUUUAGUCGCCAUUGAUCUUGCUAAAGAUCUUCUUCAAGUCCACCCCAAUUCAUAUGCGUUGGUAAUGAGCAUGGAAAACAUCACAUUGAAUUGGUAUUUCGGGAAUGAAAGAUCUAUGCUUGUUUCAAAUUGUUUGUUCCGAAUGGGAGGUGCUGCAAUUUUACUCUCGAACAAGACCUCUGACCGAAAAAGGUCAAAGUACCAACUGGUCCACACGGUUAGAACACACAAAGGUUCAGAUGAUAAAUGCUUUUCUUGUGUCACUCAAUUAGAGGAUCCAGUCGGGAAAGUUGGAGUUGCAUUGUCAAAAGAUCUAAUGGGAGUAGCUGGUGAUGCGUUAAAGACUAACAUCACCACAUUAGGACCGCUCGUGUUGCCCAUGUCAGAACAGUUGCUUUUCUUUGCAACUUUAGUCGGGAAAAAGCUAUUUAGGAUGAAGAUUAAGCCAUAUAUCCCAGAUUUUAAGCUUGCUUUUGAGCAUUUUUGCAUUCAUGCUGGUGGGAGAGCUGUUCUGGAUGAAAUCGAAAAGAAUCUGCAGCUUUCAGAUUGGCAUAUGGAGCCAUCAAGAAUGACACUUAAUCGAUUUGGCAACACUUCAAGUAGUUCUCCUUGGUACGAAUUGGCUUAUUCGGAAGCAAAAGGGAGGAUCAAGAAAGGAGAUAGAGCUUGGCAAAUAGCUUUUGGAUCUGGAUUUAAGUGCAACAGUGCUGUUUGGAAGGCUUUAAAGACCGUCAAUCCAGCAAAAGAGAAGAGCCCUUGGAUUGGUGAGAUUGAUCAGUUCCCUGUAGAUGUUCCAAAGUUUUCUGCCAUAUAAGCUGAAUUAAGUCUUAAUAUUUUUUUUCCAAUUUCUAAGUUCUUAUUCAUGGAAUUUUCUUGAUUUUGAAUUAGGGGUCAAUGAUUCUAUUUCUUUAAUUGUACUGGGAUUACAUCUUCUUUAUCAAGGGAUGUUAUAUUUUUUCAAGAACAUCUUUAAGAGCUUGUGUUGUGAUUC